AUGGCGAGCAAAACGAAGGUCAAUGGCCUUCGUGGCGUCCAUACCGCUGGUAUCUACUCCGAUAUGACGGUCGAUGGCCCCGAAAUUGGAACUCUGGUCCUCAUUGUCGACCGGGCAAAGAACCUACCGAACAGGAAGACAAUCGGUAAGCAGGAUCCUUACUGCGCGGCAAGGCUGGGCAAGGAAGCAAAAAAGACAGAGACAGACAGACGAGGAGGGCAAACACCUAGGUGGGACCAAGAGUUGCGAUAUACCGUUCACGACUCGCCUGAUUACUACCAAUUAAAAGUGUCGGUCUUCAACGACGACAAGAAGACUGACUUGAUUGGAGAGACUUGGGUCGAUUUGAAGGAAGUUGUUGUCCCUGGCGGUGGGCAGAAUGAUCUGUGGCACAAUCUGAGUUGCAAGGGAAAAUACGCAGGCGAGAUCAGGAUUGAGAUCACAUACUACGAUACGCGGCCAAAACAAGAGAAGCCGGAAAGGGUCAGACCGGCUGCUCCUGUGACAAAUAGCAUGGACGAAGGAAGCAGAGAUUCACUCAAGGGUCCUAGACAACCGAAGUCCCAGUCUCCGGUGAAGAGAAGGCCAUUGCCAUCGGAUCCGGUGACAGGGGCACCAGCUUUGCCCGUUUCCAUUCCUGAUCAAGUUCAAACUCCCUCUCGAGGAUAUCCGCCAUCACCGUCAGCGGCUCCUGAUCAGGCCCCAACGCCUCCCCGAGCAUACCAGAAUGCACCAGAGCAUAGCCAGACACCCCCGCGAGGGUACCAGAACCCCCCAACAGCGAUUCCCGAACACGUUCAGACUCCCCAACGAGGAUACCAAUCGCCUAGCUAUGUCUCAAGCCAGUCGCCCCUUCAGAACAUGGAAUAUAGUGCGGCUCCGUCAAAUUACUCCCCAGCCCAAAGAUACGACAUGAGUUCAGGCACGAACGGAUACGGGCCAGCUACCCCUCCAACUCAGCCCGCGCAAAAUGAUCGGUACGAUGCAUACGACCGUGCGUCGAAAAGCGAAUACUCGCAUAGCAACUCAGCAGACCCUUAUCGAGGCGAUGAGGAAAGCAUCGAUCCCCUGGAUAGGUACAACCAUCAUCAGCAAAGUCCAUAUGAGCUGCCCCAACCGGACUCCUUCAGCUCCCCUCCAAGCCCACGGGGUCCACCACCGCCUCCCCCAGCUCAUCGAAGCAGGAUUGGGACUGGGAGUAAUCAAGCCAGUCCUCGUCCCGCGGAACUUCGAGGUGAUUAUGGACACUCGCCCGAUCAUCGGUCUCCGAACCCCUACGAUGCCACAAGACAUGAACCUCAUCGUCACUCCGUACCCUCGCACUCGCACACCGGUUCGUACCAUGCCUACAGCCCGGAAAAGAAUCAGGACCAAUUUCGGAGAUCAGCCAACGGUGGCAACCAAUAUUCGCCUCCUCGUCAUCAUUCCUAUGAUUCAAGGUAUGAUGCUGACUACGGUUCGAUGCAACCGACUGUCGAAGAUGCUCCUCCAUCCCCGGGUGCAAGCUACUCUAGACCGAGAGGUACUUCUCGCGUGUCGCAAAACAACGAGCGGAGAUACGAUCAGGUCCCUUCUCCCGCUCCCCUCAACGUCAGUGGUCGAGGAAGUUCUGCUUCCGGUCGUAAUAGCAUCUCCCACGCUCCAACCCCUACCCAUCAGUACUCGAACAGCUCAGUCAUGUAUCAGAAUUCUCCCAAGGACUCGGUCUCAUCCCGUCCAUCUUACAAUUCUAUGAACCAGCAAGAAUCCAGGCGAAGCGAGGAUCAGAUGGGGAGCGCGGCAUACCAUCAAAGGCCAAGCGGGCAAUCUCAAGAUCAGCAAAUGGUCCAUUCAUCAAGCUACAACCACUCGCGAGGCCAUUCAAAUAGCCAGGUUUAUGCUCUGCCUUCUGUACCCGCAACUCUGGUUCCUGGCAUGGAUCCUAUCAUUGCCCAAGAAAUCUCUGAGAGAAUAUUUGAGGAGAAGCGCGUGAAUGCUGGGAAUUCAAAUCGAAGCAGUUAUCAAAACCCACCUCAGUAUCAACAGAAUAAGCCGAAGCUUCUUUCCUACCCCAACAAUGACGCUGCCAUCGUGCCAGCGGCUUCUGCGUACGAUGAACGCCAAAGUCGUUUUUCAGCUGCAUCAACACCGGCCACGAAUCCGAGAGGUGUCUCUCCUGAUCCCCGGGUCCCUAUGCGUAAGUCUGUCAGUCCUUCACCACAACCUUCACAGGAGCAGAAGAGACUGUCCGGCGUUCCUUUCGGGCCCGACUCUUACAAUGCCCUAAACACAAAUCUCGUCAGCUCGGUUUCUACGCCCUCUAUCAGUGAGGCCUACGAUACAAAGAGAGUAGAUCCUGAUGCAAAGAUAAUCACGUAUGAUGGUCGAGAGAUUGAUCCAAGUGAUCACAUUCCAGAGUCCAACUAUGCACCUUUGCUUGAGUCAAAAGGUCCAAAAUAUGCAUCUCAACUACCGGAUCGAAACUACCGGCCACCACUGAGCGGUCCCCAGCCUAUCUCUGCCAGUGGUCGCAGGCAAUUGAAGGUAGCUGUACGACCCCAAUCUAUGGGACCCAUGUCCAAUUAUACAAACAACACCAGUCCUGUCUACGAUCCGGUAACCCCAACUGGGCGCACCCGGCUGCAAAAGAAAUCUGCCCGGAUGUCUGCACAUUCUGCGCAAAAUUCGAGUCCCUUAGCUCCCAUCUCAAGCUACCAGGAUAACAACUACUCACAAAGAAGCCACCCCGGAACUCACUCGAUCGACUUCCAAUCGAACGAGAACUACGCAGCCAGUUACGGGGGCAGCUCUGGUUAUCGAGGUGCGGCUGGCCCUCCACCAAUUCCGGAAAAAUUGCCUGUCGACGGUUUUCAUGGCUCACCUCAGCCAAGCGGAGGUGACGCUUGGGCUUUGCUGGAGGAGAUGAAGAAUAUUGAUCUUGGAAGCGGGAGAGCUAGACGUCGUGGCUAUUGA